UCCCCCAUUUCCGGUCUUCAGUAUUUUGAUUAUUUUGCUAUUAAGGUUAAGAAAAUUAACAUUUCUGAGGACUGUCACGAAGGAGCUUACAAAGUAGAAGAUUUCACCUUUUUCCUUGUUUAAUGUAAUCUACUACGUUGAAUUUUGGAUUUGAAGGAUGAAGAUAUUUUUCAUUUUUCUCUGCACAGCCUUUAUAUCUUCGUACAGAAGUGUUUAAAGUGAGGAUUCAAAAUCGAAACCACCAAGUUCUGUCACUUUUAUGCAGUCGUUCCAUAUAUAUUCACAAUAUAUACAUUUAUAUUGUUUUACAACAGUUAAUAAGAAAAUAACGUGGAGUUUUGUUCACAAUUGUGACGUAAAAAAACUGGGAGAGCUAUAUCCAUCACAACAUGCUGAAAAUUUUCAAGUGUUUUCAAUGCAACUCUGUUUUUGAUCGUCCUUCGCAAUUGAAUUAUCAUUAUCGGAGUAAACAUCUGGGAGAAAAAUCUCACGUAUGCCAGAUAUGUGAAAAAGGCUUCUUCCGUAAGGCAGAUCUGCGUAUGCACUUGAAUAUUCAUCUAGGUACAAACUUUUAUAUCUGCGAGGUCUGCGGAAGAAAGUUCAACCAUAUAUCGAAUCUUAUAAGACACUGUAGAAUACAUACAGGAAGUAAGCCAUAUGUAUGUCCAAUUUGUGAUAAACGUUUUACGCAAAUUUCUUCGCUAGCAAAACACAAACAAAUACAUACACCAAAGGACAGUAGACAGUAUUGUAAUCCUAGUCUUAUCAACAAUAAUUCACAAAUCAAGAAUCGUAUAUUGAACAAGAACAAGACAAUAAAUGAUGAAACAAAAAAUAAAAAUCAUGGGGCAUUUUGUAUAGAACAAAAAUGUAUCAGCGAGAAUACUGCUAGAGUUUCAAAUAUUCAGCAAAAUGAGAUAGUUUCUAAUAAAUACAACACUGAUGUGGACAAUAAAGCAUCUAAUAAUAAGCAGGAUUAUUUUGUUGAACUUGAAGAAAGACUUAAAUGCAUUAAUUUGUCCACAAAUAAAACUAUUCUCUCAAAUUCUCCUCGAGAUGUAGUAUAUAAUGAACAGAUGCAAUCCAAAGACAUAGCUUGUCAAUUUUCCAAAAACAAUUUUACAUUUCUAUCUCGAGAUAAAGAAUCAACUGCUGAAACAGACAUCCAUAAUGAUGAAAAUAUUUUGAGAUUAAAUCAAGACUCAGACACAUAUGCAGUCCAAGAAAUUUGUAAAGAGACUUCCACAAAUGAUGUAAUAAAGAAUUCAUUAAAUGUGGAAACGAAUUUGCAAAUCUGUAAUUUCAGUGAAGUUUUAGCAAACAAAAAAUUCCUACUCAAACAAAUAUGCAAAGAAAUUAUCAAUGAAAAUAAAAAAGGCAAUAAAUUAUUAAAUGAUGAUAAUCAAUUAUACUUAAAAUCUUCUGAUUCAGGAAUGUUGAAAUUAAACGAAUCGCGAUAUUGUCAGAACACAGAUUUGACUAAUGUAAAUGUUAAUCAUACAAUGAAAUUCCAACAUUCUGAAAAUAUUGCUGCUAAUGAUAUAUUAUACACUCCUGUUGCCAAGGAGGAUCAAAAUAAUUUAUUGCAACACAAUGAAGAGAUUCUCAAUAACUCGAGUAACGCAGUAUUGAAUAAUGAAGAGCCAAUGUUACGUUUAGUACAAACAGAGACUGGUGAACAAUUUUAUGAAUAUGUAAUAAAUAAUUUAACGGAAAAAGUACAGAACGUUUCAUGUGAGAAGGAUUUGGAGAAUACAAUGGAGGAGACUGCAAACGUUUUUGGAGAUUGUCAAAAAAUAAAUUCAAAUGUAAAAGAAAAUAAUAAGAAGAAUGAUCACAUAGAACAACAAUGUUUAGAAGCUUUUACUAUAAAUAAUGAAUUUAAUUACGCGCAACUUGAAUCUCACGGAGGGGAAAAGAAUUUCUCUGUAUUAUGUCAUGGUGAAAAUUUCCAACAAAAUUUUCAACAAGCCUACAAUUUCGAGAUUUUGGAAUUAUUGGAGUCGCAUGCGGAUUUUGACAAUGUUGAAACGGGCUUCGAAGCGCUUGAAAAACUGAAUUACGAAAAUUGUGAGAGAUUUUUAGAAUUGGAAGUUGCUGAUAUCGGUGUAGAAUUUUCAACGCACAAAGAACCUUCGAUGGUACGUUUGAUUCAAAAUGAUGGUGAACAGCUAUUGGAAUUAUUGCAGGAUUCUCAAAUUAUCGAACAAGAAAAUCAAAAUUUUCUACAAUCUACUAAUAAUCUCAAUACAGACUGUUCAAACGUUUUGCAAGAUAGUAACAAAAUAACCAAUUGUUCUAAAAGUAAAUCAGAUUUGUUUGCAUAUGUCGACAAUAAUAUACCAUUAGAAGAAAAUAUUAAUAACAAUCAAGUUAUAGAGAAUAACGAAUUAUAUGUGAACAAUGAUAUGCAGCAUUUAUCUGUAGACAUAAUUACCAAUAAAGACGCAAAUAAUGAUAUUCAUAUCGGGACAUCAGAAGAACCGAAGAAAAUUGUUUUGAAAAAGUUUCACUGUUCCGUAUGCAAUAAAACAUUUUCAACAGCCUACAAUUAUAAGCAGCAUAUGGGCAUACACUUUGCGGAUCAGCAAAAAUUUCAUUGUAAGGACUGUGGAAUGUCGUUUGCAUGGAAAUCUACUCUAAACAAGCAUAUCAUGAACAAUCAUAGCUUGGAUGGACCACAAAAGUUUGUUUGCAACAUUUGUCCCAAAGUCUACAGCACCUUGUCUCAAGUAAAUGAGCACGUAAAAAGGGAUCAUUUGAAGGUGCGCGAUCAUGUUUGCCUGACCUGUGGCAAGACUUUCUUCAAGAGAUUCGACCUAAAGAUUCACAAUAGAAUACACACGGACGAACGUCCGUACGUGUGUGGCGUCUGCAGCAAGAAAUUUCAUCAUCAGAGCCAUUUUAUUCGCCACAAGCGCAUACACUCGGACAUUAGACCAUACCUUUGCACGGAUUGUCCAAAGAGAUUCGCGCAAGUCAGCUCGUUGAAGGCGCAUCAGCGGAAGCAUAAGCAAACCCGUACGGAUUUCACAAAUUAUCAGAUCCAGGACGAGGACGAUCCUGUUGCAUUGGCGACGUUAUGAGAUAAAGCAAGUUAAUUUAUAAUAUAAAGAUACAUC